AUGGCGGUUCUCGUCAACAUUAUGCCUGAGAACCCGUUCUCUGCCCUCAUUCCUGAGCAGCAGAUAGCGAUUGUUCCAGAAUUCACUCUCGAGUCCGGAGUCACACUCUACAACCUACCAGUUGCUUAUACAACUCGCGGCAAACUCAAUGAAGAGGGCAACAAUGCCAUGGUAAUCUGCCAUGCUCUCACCGGAAGUGCCGAUGUGAGCGACUGGUGGGGUCCUCUACUUGGAGGUCCUGGCCGAGCUUUUGACACUUCGAGGUUCUUCAUUGUUUGUAUGAACAGUCUUGGCAGCCCUUAUGGUACCGCAAGCCCAGUAACUGCCAAGGACAAUGAUCCAAGCAAGGGUCGAUACGGACCCGAGUUCCCUCUCACUACAAUUCGAGAUGACGUCAACCUCCACAAGCUCAUCCUUGAUGAUCUAGGCGUGAAGCAACUUGCUGCUGUUGUUGGAGGUUCUCUGGGUGGUAUGUUUGUGCUUGAGUGGGCAUACUUUGGCAAGGACUAUAUCCGAUGCAUCGUCCCUAUCGCGACCUCAAGCAGACAUAGCGCUUGGGGUAUCAGCUGGGGUGAGGCUCAACGACAGAGCAUCUACGCCGACCCCAAGUACGACGAUGGAUAUUAUGCCUUUGACGACCCCCCUUCAACUGGUCUAGGUGCGGCUCGUAUGUCUGCUUUGCUCACAUAUCGAAGCCGUAACUCCUUCGAGUCGAGAUUCGGACGCAACAUCCCCGACCCAUCCAAGGUCCAAACCAUUGGAGGUCGACCUCGCCCCUCGACUCCCUCAGAGGCACACUUCCAUAUUCACAACGAUGGCCAUGUCGUAAAGCGUACAUCCAUAUCUCGCCAGAACAGCACAACUGAUGCAGCCUCAACUGCUGAGUCACCUGCUGUGCCCGAUGUAGCGGAUCCUCAAUUCCAUGGACCUACCAAUGGUAGCCUCACUGGAGGAGAGCUGCCUCAGUCGCACUAUUUCUCCGCCCAGUCGUAUUUACGAUACCAGGGACGUAAGUUUGUUACGCGAUUCGACAGCAACUGCUACAUUGCCAUGACUCGUAAAUUGGACACGCAUGACGUGUCACGCAACCGAGCAGACACCAUCGCAGAUGCACUAGCUAUGAUCCAACAACCCACACUUGUUUUGGGCAUUGAGAGCGAUGGCCUCUUCACUUUUGCUGAGCAGGAGGAGAUUGCACAGCACGUACCUAAUGCGCGUCUCGAGCGAAUCGAGAGUCCUGAAGGUCACGAUGCAUUUUUGUUGCAGUUUGAGCAGGUCAACAACUACGUUCUCUCAUUUUUCAAGGAGGUCUUGCCUGAUAUCAUGUCCAAGGAUGGCGGAGCACCCGAGGAGGCCAGUGUUGGGCAAAUCACAAAGUCGAGCACAUUUGGAGAAGCUGAAGUUGAGGAUAUUACUGCGUGGUAG